AUGCGUCACGAUAUUCAAUGCCUUCGUGCAAUUGCCAUCAUCGGCGUCGUCGGAUUCCACAUAUUUCCCGAAAAUCUUCCCAACGGAUUUCUGGGAGUCGAUGUCUUUUUCGUCAUCUCCGGAUUUUUGAUGUCGAAAAUUUUGUACGCCAAAUCGCUCGACGUCGCCACAAUCGCCGAUUUCUACUAUAAAAGGAUCAAACGAAUCUGGAUCAUUUAUUAUUUGAUCAUUUUCGCGAUCAAUCUCUCAAAACAAUUCUUGCAAGCCGAAAUCUGGUGGCCGAAUAAUAAUAUUUAUGCGUUCUUCUCGCUAUUGUUCUUGACAAAUCAGAAAAUCAUGAGCGAUCAGAACGAUUAUUUCAAUACGUUCAAAACCGACGUCACCGCCAACAAUUUAUUCCUUCACUGCUGGUCAUUGAGUGUCGAAGUCCAAUUCUACACCAUCGUGCCUUUCGUCUUCAUCGGCCUGCAUCAACUCAAAUCGGUUCGACUCAGGAUAUUCGCUUUAAUCAUCGCCUCGAUCAUUUCAUUCUCGAUCACCUUCAUUUCGAUCGAUCCCAACUUCACCUUCAAUUUUGCGAUCGCCCGAUUCUGGCAAUUCUUCGCCGGCAUUCUCGGCCAUAUAAUCGCGUCCGAAAAUGUGAUUUCGGAUCCAAAAAGGGUCAGCAAGAUCUCCGAACAUCGUGCGUUCUUACGCGACCAACUCCACUGCACAAUCCUAGCCGGCCUAUUGAUCCUCUUCUGGCCUCUCGAGCUCUCAUCGACGCCGGUCCGAUUGGCAAUCACAUGCCUCACCGCGUUCAUCAUCGCCUCCAAUAUUUCGCCAUAUACGGCCGCCAUCAUCGCCUCGCCAAUUUUAUUCUACAUUGGCAAUCUCUCCUAUAUAAUUUAUCUCGUCCACUGGCCACUUGUCGUUUUCUUCAAACAAGACGUCACCGCAAUUCAUCUCAUCUACCUCACAGCAUUCCUAUCAAUCAUUCUACAUCAUAGCUUCGAGCGGAUCAUUGUUCGUCAAAGCAGAAGAUCCAUCGGAUUGUGGCUGAUCGCCUUGCUCGCCGCCAACGCUUCAUUCCAAUUCGCCCAAUUCGCCGAUCCCGAAUUAAUGGCGUUCGGCAACUCACGACCUUAUAUUCGAGCUGUUGAUGAGAAUCUGAAAUUGAAUAAUUAUUCAACCACGUGGGGCAAUCCGUCGUGCCAACUUCAACCCAUCGACAUUGAGUUGGACGGCAAAUUGCCGUUCGGCCAUUGCAAAUUCCCGCCGGGCAAUGGGACCCUCAAAAUCAUGCUCAUCGGAAAUAGCUAUACGCUGAAUCAAGCACAAACAAUCCAUAAAGCGUUUCGCGGGAAUUUCUCGAGUUUUGAGUAUGUCUCGAUUAUAGGCAAUUUCGCCCUCUAUGAAAAUGGCCUGUAUAAUAGCGCUCAAAAAUUGACCAUCGCAAAGCAAAUUGCGAAGAGGGUGAAGCCUGAUGUGAUUUUUAUUGUCACCAGAUUUGUCGAUGUCUCAAUGGCGCCGAUUCGCAAUAUUGAAACCGACGAGGUUCUUCGGCAAUUUAAUGAGAAUAUUGCUUUUUUUGAGGCGAUCUCGAAAAAAGUGUACAUAAUGGGCGCAUUUCCAUUCGUUCCCUACAAAUUUCUGAAAAUGUUCGUCGCCGAUUUGAUGCUCGAAAAAGACGGCCUCGAUCGAUUCCAUAUGUCUGUGAGGAAGCACAAAAAUAUGAUGAAGCAUUUAAUCAAAAGAUUGGAGCAUUUGAAAUGCAAAAAUUGCGAGGUGUACGACCUCGGCACCACACUUCUCAACGACGGCUUCUAUCGAACAUUCAACGAAUCGUCGAAACUAUUGCACUUCGACGACGGCAUCCAUCUAACGCAAUUGGCGCUCGACGCCUUCAUCGAGCCAUUCUAUCGCCGCGCGAGCACCACAAUGAACAUUUGA